AUGGCUUCGAACAGCCAUGAGCGCGGCACCCACGAUACCUCACCUCCGACGGAUCACUCCAUCCCACUCCAAGACCUGUCGGGGCCACAGGAACGAGGAACGGAAGGGAAUGCGGGGAGCAGGUUUCUCCCAACGCGUUCUUUGACGAGAAGCUCGCGACUGACGCGAGAAUAUGAAAGGAUAGCGGAGGAUUCCCCCGUCGACAAUGCGCCUGCGGCUGCAGCACACUCCCUCCCGCACGGCGUUGAGGAGGCCUAUGUUGACGAUCUAAGCGCCUUUGCGACAGCCUCCGUCGGACUCAGUCUAGGUGAUCCGCAAAGCAUAGAUCCGCCAAACCGACACAGACACAGCAAUGCCUCAUCCGACCUGGGUACUAGACCUUUCGACUUUGAAGACCACUACUUGACCCCUCCCGUCGCGUUCCCCGACACUGCGCCAUUGACGGAUACCGAAAAUGUCCAACGCAUCACCGGCGCCCCCGGCGGAAGUUCGAGCAGCUCUCUCAUCGACCAGCACGAACCACAUACAGAUCAGGAUCCGUCGGGUUCGCGAUUGGGCGAUGACCUGGAGACGGGAUUCAGCGGCAGGCCGCGCGGAAGUAGCAGUGCUGGCGGGAGGCCGCGCGGACUGUCUGCUUCGUCGUCCGGAUCGGCCUUACAACGCGCGGGUUCCAUGAUGAAAUCCAUGUCCCAGCGUGUCGUCAACUUGAGUAAUGAACCGGAGGUGGUAGAGCGAUCGAUCUUGCGAGAAGAGUCCCAGAAGAAUGCUCGACUGGAAGAACCCCCAGCAUUGCCGGUCCUCUCGGGUUACGCUCAUGAUGCGCCGUCAACUGAGGCACUGAACCAACCAGCGCCAGAGAAGCCGUAUUCGCGGACAGCCUGGAGAUACCACAAUAACCCAUUGCGCGGAAAGUCUCUCGGACUGCUGGGCCCGGACAACCGUCUGCGACAGUGGCUCUGCGACAUCUUGGUUCAUCCAUUCACCGAACCCUUUAUUUUGGUUGUUAUCUUUGUCCAACUGAUCUUGUUGACCGUCGAGUCUGCCAAGGCUGUGUGGAAAUACCCCCGGGAUUGGGGUAAGAACCCCAUGGAUUACCCUUAUUUUGCCAUUUUUAUCAUCUACACCUUGGAAUUGAUUGCCAAGAUUCUGGUCUCUGGAUUUAUCAUCAAUCCCUCCGAAUACAGUACCAUAGAUCGAUCUUUGGGAUUUCGAAAGGCAGUGGUGGAGAAGGGCAAGAAUCUCAUCGCUCCCCAGCGUCAGUUAUCCACGAGGAAGGCUUCGGUGCUCCCCGACCAACAUCAAGCGUCCAUCAUACGCACCUUCACCGGUGGUUUAAAUCAGCUGGAUCCCGGUUUUGUCGACGAUCCUCUCCAGAAAAGCCGCGUGAGACUUGCACACCGUGCUUUUCUUCGCCAUUCAUUCAACCGGCUCGAUUUCGUGGCGGUCGUGGCCUACUGGAUUUCGUUCCUCCUCGGUAUUGUCGGGGUGGAAACUCGCGAGCAGAUCUAUGUUUUCCGCAUGUUGAGCUGUCUGCGUAUCCUCCGUCUUUUGAACCUGACCAACGGGACAUCGAUUAUUCUUCGAAGUCUGAAAAGAGCCGCCCCGUUAUUGGUUCAUGUGGGCUUUCUCAUCGGCUUCUUCUGGCUUUUAUUUGCCAUUAUUGGCAUUCAAAGCUUCAAGUCCAGCUUCCGGAGAACGUGUACAUGGAUUGGUGUUGAUGGGCAGGAAAAUUUUGCCCUGAACGACCCAGAUGGUACUCUCCAAUUCUGCGGUGGCUUCAUCAACGAAACGGGCCAUACGGUAUCCUGGGUUGACCGAUUUGGUGUCCCUAGCGAUGCCAGUCCCAAGGGAUAUAUCUGUCCCCAGGGGUCUAAGUGUAUCGAAGGACCCACUAAUCCAUACAAUGGGACCAUGAGCUUUGAUAAUAUUCUCAACUCCCUUGAGCUCGUGUUCGUCAUCAUGAGCUCGAACACCUUCACCGACCUUCUGUACUACACAACCGACAGCGACUACCUCGCGGCGGCGCUCUUCUUUGCCGCAGGACUUGUCAUUUUGAGUCUUUGGUUGGUCAACCUGUUGGUCGCUGUCAUCACACACUCCUUCCAGGUCAUCCGAGAAGGGAGCAAACGGAGUGCCUUUGCGCGUGAGAAACUUGAUGGGUUGAACAAGGAAGAUCAUGAAACCCGCAAAAUAAGCAGGCUCAAACGCCUUUACGACAAAACGGAGUGGUUCUGGGUCUGUGUCAUUAUUUUUGAUCUUGUUGUUCAGGCAUUGAGAAGCGCAACGAUGUCUGACGACCGGGCUGAGUUCAUCGACACCACCGAAACCGUUGUCACCUUGGUUCUCCUUGGUGAGAUCAUCUUGCGAUUCGCAUCUGACUGGCGAAGAUUCCAUCAUAAGCGUCGCAACUGGGUCGACCUGGGGCUUGUGGUCAUCACCUGCAUAAUCCAAAUCCCUGCUAUCAAGCACUCCGGCCGCCCUUACUCGGUUCUCACGCUCUUCCAGAUCCUCCGAGUCUAUCGGGUGGUGUUGGCCUUCUCUGUUACACGGAACCUGAUUAUGGUCGUUUUCCGGAACGCCAAAGGUCUUCUGAACCUGAUUAUCUUUGUGUUCUUGAUGACCUUCCUCGCAGCCAUCUUUGCCACGCAACUUUUUCGCAGUCAGAUACCCGAAGAUGACAAUGAGUGGAACUUUUCGGAUAUCUACAAUUCGUUUCUUGCGAUGUAUGUGAUAUUGUCUAGCGAGAACUGGACGGACAUCCUCUACAUGACCACGUUAUAUACGUCGCACUAUAAGACCGCGUGGAUAUCUGCCACCUUCGUCAUCCUGUGGUUUAUCGUGGCCAAUUUCAUCAUCCUUAACAUGUUCAUUGCAGUUAUCCAGGAGAGCUUUGAUGUUUCUGAAGACGAGAAACGGCUUCACCAGGUGCGAGCCUUCCUCGAGCAGAAACAGGUCGGCGCUGUUUCGCAAGGCAAUUUGGCCCUAUCGAAAAUUCUCAUGCUGGGCCGAGAUUCGGAGCGCUAUAAGGACCCACUGGACUAUGGUCCAGCAGCGCUUGACAUGCUUCUCAAGGAUGCCGUCGUCCGCGAAUUCUUGGACGAGGAAGAGCCAGAGAAUCCCCGAACAGAAGACAAUGCGCCCUUAGUGACCACAGCAACGGAAGAGAGCGCCCGUCCGGGCUUCUUCUCACGGACCUGGAAUAGAUUCUCGACUUCGGUCAUGCGUCGCGAACCCAACCCGUUCUAUUCCAGACUGAAAAUCUCUCGGGCGAAUGAUGAACUGGAUCCGAGGGCUAUGGCGCGAGAAGUCGUGUCGGCUGCAGAGCAAAGGAAACGCGCACAGCGAGAGUAUCUCAUGAGACAUCCGAACUACAACAAGUCUCUGUUUAUCUUCUCCCCGGACAACCCCGUUCGACGACUGUGCCAGCGGAUCGUCGGACCUGGACGUGGCCAUCAACGAGUGGAGGGUGUGGUGCCAUAUAAGCCCGUCUGGUACACGUUAUCUGCCUUCAUAUAUGCUGCUAUUGUCGCCAUGGUGUUGCUUGCAUGCAUAACAACCCCAAUUUAUCAGCGCGAGCGACUGGAAACGGAUAAUUGGUUUAUGUGGACCGAUUUGGGAUUCGCCAUCUUGUUCAGUAUUGAGGCCCUCAUCAAAGUCAUCGCGGAUGGGUUUUUCUGGACGCCCAACGCAUACUUCCGCAGCUCUUGGGGCUUUAUCGACGGCGUCGUGCUGGUGACUCUUUGGAUCAGUGUCAUCAGUUCGCUGAAGAAAGAAUGGAGCGUUUCCAGAGCUAUUGGUGCAUUCAAGGCCCUGAGGGCCUUGCGGCUGUUGAACGUCAGCGAUAGUGCAAAGGACACUUUCCACUCGGUCAUUAUCAUUGGAGGAUGGAAAGUCAUUGCUGCUGCCGCAGUCUCGAUGAGUUUUCUCAUCCCAUUCGCCAUCUACGGCGUCAACCUCUUCAAUGGACAGAUGAUCAAAUGCAAUGAUGGUUCAUUGACGGGUAACUUGACAGCCUGCGUCAACGAGUAUUCCAGCAGCCCUUUCAACUGGGACGUUCUUGCGCCGCGAGCUGCUGAUAACCCAUACUACGAUUUCGACAAUUUUGGGGACUCCUUGUUCAUUCUCUUCCAAAUUGUCUCCCAGGAGGGAUGGACGGAUGUGCAAGCGAGCGCAAUGAGCAUUACCGGCAAGGGCCUACAACCGGAAAGUUACUCGGCCCCCGAGAAUGGCCUUUUCUUCGUCGUGUUCAACUUGUUGGGCGCCGUUUUUGUCUUGACGCUGUUUGUUUCUGUGUUUAUGCGCAACUACACGGAGCAAACUGGCGUGGCCUUUCUGACUGCGGAACAGCGGUCUUGGCUCGAACUGCGCAAGCUUCUUCGGCAGAUUUCACCUUCCAAACGGUCCUUGGACAAGACAACACGCAAGUGGAAGCUGCGUUGUUAUCGAAUCGCGGUCAAGAAGCAUGGCCGAUGGGCAAGAUGUGUCUCUACCAUACUUGUGUUUCACCUGCUGAUGCUAGUCCUGGAAUUCUACCCGGAGCCCAAGACAUGGGAAUACGUGAGAGAUACGCUCUUCUUCAUUUUCAACUUCUUCUACAUUGCCAAUGUCGUUAUUCGGAUGGUUGGAUUGGGAUGGCAUCGGUUUAGUAGAAGCUCUUGGGAUUUGUAUUCGCUCGUGGUUGUCCCCGGAGCCUUCAUAACGACCAUCCUCAAUGCCGUUGGAAAAGAUCUCGACGCCAUCAUGGAGUUGAAUAAGCUUUUCCUUGUCGCGAUCACGUUACUGCUCAUUCCGCGGAACAACCAGCUGGACCAGCUGUUCAAGACGGCCGCGGCUAGUUUGACAGCGAUCGGGAACCUCCUGGCGACGUGGUUCGUCCUGUUUCUCGUCUACGCUAUCGCGAUGAACCAGGCAUUCGGCCUCACGAAAUUCGGGGGAAUGGAGAACAACAACAUCAACUUUCGGGAUGUUCCCAGAUCGCUCAUCUUGCUCUUCCGGAUGAGCUGUGGUGAGGGGUGGAACGAGAUCAUGGAAGACUUUGCGACGAUGGAGCCACCGGUGUGUAUCAGCUCGGGCCUGUACGAGGACUGCGGUAGCGCGGCGUGGGCUCGACCACUCUUCAUCUCCUGGAACAUUAUCAGCAUGUAUAUCUUCGUUUCCUUGUUCGUGUCGUUGAUUUUCGAGAGCUUUUCCUAUGUCUACCAGCGAAGCAGUGGGCUAUAUGUGAUCAGCCGCGAGGAGAUUCGUCGGUUCAAACAGGCAUGGGCGACCUACGAUCCUGACGGGACCGGCUUCAUCUCGAAGGAGCAAUUUCCACGGCUGCUUGGGGAAUUGUCGGGCGUGUUUUCUGUGCGCAUCUACGACGACGAGUUCUCGAUCGGACGCAUAUUGGAGCAGUGUCGGGUAGACAAGCGGGACUCGUUGCUUGCCCACCGACGAGUGGUGGAAGGAGUUGAUCUUGACAAGCUGAGCAAGAUUCUGCGGACUCUCCCGGUGGAGGAUAUCCGCGCGCGGCGGCAGAAGCUCAAUGCUUUCUACGAGGAAGUCCUAGUAACGGCGGACCCGGUGCGCGGCAUCUCCUUCCACUCGUGCCUCAUGCUCCUGGCACACUACAACGUCAUCAGCGACAGCAAGAGUCUGAAACUGGAAGAGUUCCUACGACGACGGGCGCGACUCCAGCGCGUGGAGGAAGCCGUCCGACGCAACACGGUCCGCGGCUUCUUUGACACGCUGUACUGGUCUCGCGAGUUCCGCCGGCGGAUCGACCAGAAGCGAUCGGCGCGGAUGGAUUUCGUGCCGCAGUUCUCGGUGCCGGAGAUCUACGUCGACGACGGGUCGCAGGACGACACGCCGGAGGAGGAGCGACGGCGCAUGGCGCAAGACGCACUGGUGGGCGCGGACGAAGGCGAGUCGUCGCGGUCGGGGCUGUCGCCGCGGUCUCCUCCUGGAUCCCCGCGCGGCCAUCUGCCGCGAAUCGACACCAGUCUCGGCGGACGCAUCUCGGGGGCCAGUUCGCCUACGGAAUGGUCGAGUAUCAGCCUGCAGCUGUCGCCGGGACGGGCGCGCGCGCAGACGACGUCGUCGUAUGACGGCGGACCGGACGUGCAUGACGAGAUGUCCGAGGCGUCGGACCAUUCACGACAGAACAGCGCGAUGAGCGUGCAGGAGGUGAUGCAGUCGUUGGACGAGUCCGCCUGGGGCGAGAGUCUCCGACGGAGCUUCACGCAGCGGCGGCGAUCGGAUGCGUAA